AUGACAGCCUUCACUUUUGGAUCUGGAGAACUUUUCCCACUGGAUGAAAACGAAAUAAGGAAAAGAAAAGAACAACAGAUUAGCAUGAAGGAAAACGGGUACGAAGCCGCACCGAAUCAAAUUGCUUCACUUCUGCAACGACCUGAUCACUUAGAGAAGCUUCCACAAAUGCGCAAAAGGGACGAUAAGAAGAAGAAUUCGUUUUUUUUGUCGCCUGAGGAAUGUAUUACUGCUGGUUAUCUACAAUCAAAGCAUCCCAAUAUCACCGACUACUGUUCUGAUCGACACUUCGACUCUGAGUUCGUCACAGUACUUGCGAGUGGUGACGAACAGGAACAAGUUAACUUCCAUGGCUAG